AUGGGCUCAAUCGGCUGGUUGUGGGAGCGACAUCGUUUUUUAAUGUAUCAAUGUUUUUCACUUCCAUUUGCAUUUUUAUUUUAUUUUCUCACAAAACGGGGACAUCUCUCCUUGACAUACAGGUACCUGUUUGUUUCUGUUGGAGGAAGUGUCCUGGCAGUGGUCACGAUGGGCGUCUACAGCAUCCUCCUGUUCACCCCCACACUCGCCUUUUUUCUGCUCGUGCGCUCCGUGGAUCCCAGCUGUAUCCACACCUGGGCAUUUGGUAUCCAGAUGUUGUGGCAAACCUUCUGGCAUCUGCUUAUACAGUACAGGGAAUACUACCUGCACGAACCCGUCAGCAUCAGAUUGUUUUUGGCAGUGUCCACUUUGAUGCUGCUCACUCAGAGAAUCACCUCAGUGUCUCUGGACCUCCAGGAGAAGCGAGUUGUCCCGACAUGCAGGGCGUCAUCCAAAAGGAAGGCUUGCAUCAUGCUUCUCCCUCUUGUCAGCUAUAUCCUCAACUUUACCACGCUGCUCGGCGGUCCUCUGUGCUCCUACGGCCGAUUCGUUUCCCUAAUGGAGGGGAUCGACCUCAGCUCUCCACCCAGUCCACUGGGUGUGGUUUUCCUAAAGCUGAUCCAAGUGUUAAUGCUGGAGUGGGUUAGGUUCUGUCUUGUCUAUUUUCUGAAACAUUAUACCUGUGAUACCAAAUCUGGCAUCUUCUAUGGCAUCCUGUGGCUCUGGGGUCUUGGACUGGUUUUAAGAAUCCAGUAUUACUCUCACUGGAGGAUCAGUGAAUGCCUCAGUAACGCAGCAGGGUUUGGCUUUUGGGAAAACUCAUCAGGGGUCUCCUCCUCCGAAUGGAACGGACUAUCCGACGGGGAUUUCUGGACCACUGAGGCGUCGAUCAGGAUGUCAGAGUUUGCUCGUCGCUGGAACGCCACAACGGCUUCGUGGCUGCGUAGACUGGUUUAUGCGAGGUGCAAACACUUCCCACUGUUCGCCUGUUUCGGUUUUUCUCUGUGGUGGCACGGGUUACACUUGGGGCACUUUGUGGGGUUUUUCACCUGGGCAGCAACAGUGAAAGCAGACCAUCAUAUACACAGGAACCUUUUCCAAAAACUGACACCAACACAGAGAAAAAUCUACACUUUUUUAAGCUGGAUAAAUGCUCAAAUGAUUGUUACUUGCAUUGUUAUAGCAGUAGAAUUUAGAAAUAUGACUGGUUUGAGACUUUUAUCUAAAACAUACAUAGGUCUGGUUCCGCUUGUUAAUAUAAUCCUGCUCUUUGUUUUAAAACUCAGUUCACUAGAAUAG